AUGUAUCGAGGUAAGGAUCGGAAUAUCUUACCGGACGAUACCGAGGUUCUCGAAUGCCGUCAGCGACCUGCUUCGUCAGGUAUUUUUGGUCCCGUCCAACAGUUGAUCCGUUUCAAAUCCCUUGAUGAGGUCAUUGAACGUGCAAAUGACUCGGAUUAUGGAUUGGCAGCCGCUGUCUUCUCCAAAGAUAUAGACAAGGUCAACUACCUGGUUCAGGGUCUACGUGCGGGUACGGUUUGGGUUAAUGCCUACAAUGUUCUUGCGGCGCAAGCUCCAUUCGGUGGAUACAAAAUGUCCGGACACGGUCGCGAAAACGGAGAGUAUGGUUUGCAGGCGUAUACCGAAAUCAAAAGUGUCAUCACCCGUAUCCCGGUCAAAAAUUCCUAA